UGUUCCGUUCCAACGUCAAGCUUGCAACCACUCAACAAUGGCCACGAGUAGCGCUCACCCGAGGAUGAUCAACGCCGCCGGCUGCGCCGCAACCCGUGACGCCUUUGCCGCAUCAGAGUGGGGCGGUUUCUUCAUCACCCACGACCCUCCUCACCAGCAGAGGUCGGAGGAGUGGAUGAGGGAAAGGGUGGAGGAGCUCAAGGGGCGAGUGCGCACGAUGUUCUCCGACAACGACAGUGUCGCCAAGGCAGUGACAUUGAUAGACACACUUGAGCGUCUCGGCGUUGAUGGCCACUUCCGCGAAGAGAUUGCCUCGGCAAUAAGCCGGAUCGUCCACCCUGAUGAGUCCUCCGGCUCCGAUGACCUUCACGUUGUCGCGACUCGGUUUCGCCUGCUUCGGCAGCAUGGGAUAUGGGUGUCUACAGAUGUGUUGGAAAAAUUUAGAGAUGACAUGGGCAACUUCAGGGCAAGCCUCAGCAGUGACCCGAGGGCUCUACUAAGCUUGUACAACGCAGCUCACAUGGUGGUAUCCGGUGACGGCCCGGCCCUCGAGGAAGCCAUUGACUUCACACGGCACCAGCUCGAGGCUAUUGCAGCGAAAGGCGAGCUUCGGUCGCCGGUGGCGGAGCAGAUCGCCCGUGCCCUCGAUCAUCCUCUCCCGCGGUUCACUAGGCUGCUGGAAUCCAUGUAUUAUGUCGGUGAGUAUGCACAGGAGGAGACGCACAACAACACGCUGCUAGAGCUCGCUAGGCUCAACUCUCACCUCAUGAGGUAUCUUCACCUCAGGGAGCUAAAGGCAUUGUCAUUGUGGUGGAGGGAUCUUUACGACAUGGUGAAUCUACCAUACACUCGGGACCGUAUGGUGGAGGUCUACUUUUGGAGCUGUGGAAUGAUCCCUGAGGAGGAGUACUCGCGCGCACGAUUGAUGUUCGCCAAGACGUUUGGUUUGGUGACUUUUCUGGAUGAUACCUAUGACGUACAUGCCACCUUAGAGGAGUGUCGAAGUUUCACUGAAGCUAUCGAAAGAUGGGACGAUAGCGCGGUCUCUAUUUUACCUGAAUACCUUCGCGUGCUAUACAUCAAAACGCUAAGCAACUUCAAAGAUUUUGAGAAUAUGUUAAAACCGCACGAGAAGUACCGCAUGUCUUAUGCAAAAAAAGCGUACCAACUGCAGGCGGAAUAUUAUAUGCAAGAGGCACAAUGGUCCCAUGACAAGCAUCAACCGACCUUCAGGGAACACGAGGAGCUGUCGGUCAUGUCUUCGGGCUUGCCAAUGCUUAACCUCGUGGCCCUCAUGGGCUACGGCGCCAUAGCAACCAACAAGGUAUUCGAGUGGACAUGCGCCGUCCCUGAUGUAGUCCGUGCCGGUGCACAGAUCGGCCGCUUCCUCAACGACAUCUCCUCUUACAAGUUGGGGAAGAACAAGAAGGAUGUGGCUAGCGUCGUCGAGUCCUAUAUGGUGGAGAAGGGCACGACAGGGGAGGAGGCCGUGGCGGCGAUCGCCGCCAUGACGGAGGAUAGUUGGAGGAUGAUGAACCAGGCGUGCAUGUAUGUGGACCGCGCGUUAUUGCCAGCGGCGCAACUGGUGGUAAAUAUAGCAAGGUCGAACGAGGUCAUCUACCUCCGUGGUAGGGAUGGUUACACCUUCGGUAGCCACGUCAAGGACCUUGUCACCAUGCUUUUCCUCGCCCCGAUUCCCCUUUAAGCCCGGGGUUGCAACAUACGCAUAAUCCUAAGUAAGCCAUGCAUUUAUUAUUUAUUAAUUAUGGAUA